AUGACAGACCAAGUACCAUUAACGACGCAACUGCCACCAAUAAAACCAGAACAUGAGGUAUCACUUAAUAGUGGGGGUAGUGCAGUACCUAGCAUAAACAGCAACUUGAAUGACAACGGCCAGCUAAGAGACGUCUUCGACAGAAUAAAGACACAUUUCCCACCGGCCAAGGUAAAGAAAAUAAUGCAGACUGACGAGGAUAUAGGAAAAGUUUCACAGGCCACGCCAGUAAUAGCGGGUAGGUCAUUGGAGUUUUUUAUAGCAUUAUUAGUGAAAAAAAGCGGGGAAACUGCAAGAGGACAAGGAACCAAGAGAAUAACCGCCGAGAUACUGAAAAAAACUAUACUAAACGACGAAAAAUUUGAUUUCUUAAGGGAAGGUGUAUGUGCAGAAGAAAGUCAUACUCAAGAGGAGGAAGAGAGUGCUUAA